CCCCCGCCCCCCUCUCUCUCCAUCGUCACUGCAGCCUCGGAUCCUUGUGCCCUACGCUCCUGGAUCACAUCCUGUCGUCUGUUGGCAAGUAUAACCUCUUUCGGUACGGCGGAACACAGAAUGGGCACACACAUUCACUUGGACCGGUCCAGGUGGAGGAUUGUGUCCAAGGUCAACGAACACGUCUUCCCAUUCGACCGCGAGGAUGCAGAGACCUUCGACAUUCGCCCAGGCCUUAUGCGCGUGUACAAGCAGAUUCCUAUCCUAGGAUCGGAGUUCAACCCCGCGGAGGAAAUCGCCCGGCAGGCCAACCAGCAGGUGCCCACCGAGGUGAAGGCCUUUCAGCGGUUUUCGUCCCUGCACCUACGCCCAGGUUGCACUCCAACCCUCCUCGACAGUAGGACAGAGCAACAAGGGGACGGGGACCGGGUUCCGGGGGGGUUCAUAUACACCAUCGUCUGGAGCAUUGUGCCAGGAAUCCGCCUGGGCGAUGACUUCGGUUCGCGGACCUUUUGGAACUUGCCUCGUGAAAAGCGAGAUCUGAUCCGAGCUGAAUUCAGAGACAAGCUUCCGGCUCUCUAUUCGUGCGGGUAUAUACCCUAUAUAGGAGCGACCCAGAACCUUGUUUGGGACGAAGCUAGCCUGAGACUUUACUUCGUCGGUUGGCGCAACUGCCUUCCCCUGAGACCAAACGAUAUCGAGCUGCCUUUCAGUCCCAUGCGUUGGGCGAGCUGGGGGCUAGCCGUAGCGCCCAGAAUUCCUUUCCCCAGCCCUACGUGGCAAGGACCCAUCGAUAGUUGGGAACUCUAGGUGCUCGUUAGGACAAUACUGCGUGGUGGAACAUGAUGGUCAGAGGGUUGACCGGUGCUCAGACGAGCCGUUUUCUCGAGCCUCACUGCCGG